AUGAAAUGUUUUACAGGAUUAUUUGAUUUUACUGUCGGAUCUGAGUUAAUCGGCAAAGAAAUAGUCAAGUGCAUUGGUUUGGCCAAAGACGGGAUCCAUGCCAUCCUCGUAGUGUUCUCCGUUAGAACACGCUUUAGUGCAGAAGAAGAAAGUGCUUUGCGUAGCUUGCAAAAACUAUUCGGCAGCAAAAUUGUUGACUACAUGAUUGUGAUCUUUACCGGAGGAGAUGAGUUGGAGGAAAAUGACGAGACACUGGACGAUUAUUUAGGCCGUGAAUGUCCAGAGCCUUUAAAAGCAAUUCUUUCUUUGUGUGGGAAUCGAUACGUGCUUUUUGACAACAAAACCAAAGAUGAAAAGAAGCGUCACAAACAAGUUCAACAACUUCUCUUUAUCGUAGAUAUUUUAAUAUCAAAGAAUGGUGGACAACCUUAUACAGACAAGUUAUUUAAAGAAAUUAAGAAAAGAGAAAUGGAGCUACAAAAACAACAAAGAGAGGUUGAUUCCAUGCAAGGAUAUUCAAAAGAAGAUAUAUUAGAGUAUAAAAAGCAAAUGGAACAACAAGCUUACAAUGACCAGCUUUAUCAAAUUACUCAGAUGAUAGAGUCAAAGUUGAUGGAAGCAACUACAAAGCUAGAGGAACAAUUGGCAAAAGAGCAAGCUGCAAGACUAGCGGCCGAAGAGUACGCAAAGGCUGCUCAAAUGAAAUCAAACGAUGAAAUUAAGAAACUUAGAAGACAUCUUAUGCGAGCAAAGGAAGAACUUCAUCAACGAAGUCAAGAUUCAUCGUUUAAGAAACUAAGAAGACAUUUUGAUCAGGCACAUGUAGAACUUCGCAGGCGAACUCCAAAUGAUCGCUGUACCAUUCUAUGA